AUGAGUGAAGAAGCAUCUCAACCUUCUACCCGUGCACAAAGUGGAGGCGAAAAAAAGGAUUCUAAGAAGAGAACACAUGAAAAAGUGAGCAUAAACUAUGUUUUACUUUUUUUUAGGCAGUCUAUAUAUUAUAUUAUUCGAGCUCUGUUUGCAGAACGAAAAAAGGGAAGACGAAAUCCCAAUCGCCAAAAGACGUAAACACGGCAAGGACUCGGAAGAAGAGUUUCCAAUGAAUGUUCCUUUCAAAAUAGUUGACGGUAAUGUUCUAUCCUUUUUUCUCCUAUUAAUAACGAAAUUUUCAGGAGUCCGACACCUUUCUCCAUAUUGGGCCGUUUACAGAAGCCAUGCCAAGGGUCGUUGGAUUGGCAGGAAAAUGGUAGAUGUUUUCUCGCAGGAGUUCCUCUCUACCAACAAAAACUACGCGGUUUGUGUUUUAUGUCAAUUUGAAAUUAGUUAAGGAUUCAAAAGUAACCCUCACGCUCUAUACAUUUUUUUUCGGUGGUUUUCCUCUUUUUUUAAAGCGAAAAACAGGCUGGAUACAGUUCAUAAGAGAGGAAAAAAAAUAAUGUGAACCAAAAAAAGGUUACAGAAAAAAUGAGAGAGGCAGAUGAAAACUGACCCGUUUUUACUUGUUUUUUGGAUGUUUCUCAAUUUGAAAAAGUUUAUCCCUUUGGGCAUCAAAUAAGGCAUGAAGUUAAUUAUAAAAAGAAAGAAAGAGAGGACUUUUAGCGGCCAGAGACUACUUUUUUUCAAGUCUUUUUACUGUUUUUAAUAUGGUAACUUGUUGGAAAUUUUUUUGAUGAGUUACUUUUUUUCAGAAAAAUGAAUCAGGAACCUAAUUUAUUCGUGCUAGAUUAAAAUAAAGAUUUAUGAUUGUCAGUUAUAUGUUUUUCUAUUGUUUCCUUUUUACUUGAAGCCUAUUUUUUCGAAAUUCUUUCUUCAGAUAGUGAAUUCGACGUUAGGUUCCUCUUUCGAAAGUUAGCAAUAGAGCAAAGUAAUUAAGAACAAAAGAGUACUUUGGGAAAAGAAAGAGUGAACGCAUCUGAAGAUAAUCCCUAACCGGAAGAGCCAUCCCAGACGUCGGUUUAAUGGGAAAUAGAUGAAAGACCGGAUGGGAGACAACUUCAAAGAGUUGGACAGGUGACUCAGAAGUGUGAUAGUUCUUAAAAGUUUCCUUUUAGUUGAUUAGAACUCAGUGGUUCUGAGUUUCAGGAAUUAUUUUAUUUUAUCUUCAGAACUGAAGGCUUUUGCGUAUUUCAGUUUUGAACUGCGUUCCAAUACUCGUUUUGCAUUUCUAUGAAUACUAACGACGUUUCAAAUUACGAGCAAAGAACUAUGUGCACUUCUAGGGCUUUUCUUUCAGUUUUUCGAUAAUAACUUGAGAGUUGCGGAAAUAAAUACGCAAUAUUCAAUCCUUUUUAAAAGUUUUACUCGAGCUGAACAUUAGGGGCGCGCCGUAGAACAACAGGUUGUGUGCCUGUCUACGGUCCACAGGGUCACAAGUUCGAUCCCCGACUCGACCCAACCAAGGGGUUUAAGAAAUGUUGGUAGUGGGAAACCACGGCUUCAUAAUCCCCAGCCGUCACAUACAAGGACGGAUAUGUCACUCGAGCCAGUCCACUGAUUAUCACUGAUCAAGAUAGGACCUCGGCUAAUCGACUUGGGCGCCGCUCAAGCGGUACAAAGGCGUAGGAAGAAGAAGAAGAUAAUUAAGCUGAACAUAUUAUCUUAUAACCGAAAUGAUUCAAGCAAUAAAAAGGAGCCAUAUAAAUUGCUUAUUCCUGCAUUCUAGGUUAUCAAAAGAUUUUCCUUUUUUUCUUCCUGAGAACCUACACCUAUUUAUUUUUUCAGUUAAGCUCUGCAAAACAAGAUAGACUUGGUUGCCUGCAAUCCACAAAAUCCGAAAACUUUCGCGCGGUAAUCGAUUCCGAUGCGUUCCUGAAUUGGAUGAUAAACUUCAAUUUGGGGGAUAUGCUCGAGUAAAAAGUGGACUGAAUCGAGUUAGUUCCAAUAUCAAGAGGAGAAGCCUGGAAGAAUUUUUGCGUGGGAAAAAUUGAAGAGAAGGAUGAAAAAAUAUCCAAAAACACCUCCGUAGGUUAGCACCUUUUUCCCUGUUCAAAAGCGAUGUCAGGUAAUUUGCUAACAGCACGGGCUAUAUUUCUUUUUGAGAAUAUAUGAUGUGGAAAAAUAGUAAGGAGGCGAAGAAAAACUCGGGAGGAAACGAAGUUUUUGGACACGCAGAAAGUGAUACGCGUAGGCUUCCCGCGGUAAAUUUAUGAUAUGGGAAAAGGGUGUUGAGGAGUUCGGCCAAAUGAGAGAUGACAGCCGCAGAGUGCCGACGGCAUACGGUCUCUUUACUUGGGAAUUGGAGAAUUCCUCAAGUGUGCACCAUCGUGAUUUAUGCGCCUAACUCGAAAAGCCUGCGGGGUUGAAAAUCCAUUCAAGUGUGGGAUCUGCAGAUGUCGAGUAAACUCGGAACGGCGUCGUGAAUUUGAUGCGUUUCACACUUGAAACAUAAUGUGCAGUUGGUGAGGCUGCCUUGCGUGUUUCGCAUUCUGGAAGCAACGUCUUUUUCCGGAUUUUCGGUAAGAAAGAGUUACUGAAUCGUUAGGAGAAGAUUAGGCCAAGCAAACAAUCAAAUGGGUUAGUAGUGCAACGCAACGAAAAGCCGGCAACCAGUGGGAAUUCCCGAGAAGCUUUGUCCAAGACGUUGAAAACAGCAGAUGCAACGCGAGCUGGCACUUCAUUUCGGUCCAGGCAAUCCAAGACGUUUUUCGCCGCUCCCUCAUUUCCUGCGCUACGCACCUCAUAAUCGCCUCUUUAAAUGGGAUUCCCUGAUGCCAUCCUAGAAGUUCUUAUUUUUGUUUUCACUUUGUUUUUCGCAGAAUUUUUUAGGUUCAUCAAGAAUUUUUCAGUCUCGAAGAGACAUGGAAUGGUCGCAGUUCACGACAGCCAAUCAUUUUGAAGUUCAUUUUUUGGGUUAUUCUUGUUAACGAUUAUCAAUUUAUCAAUCGGAAAUCUUAUUAAUUUUGUGAACGUUGAAAAUUAUUUUUAAAAAAAAGCGAAGUUCGCUAGGUAUGAUAAAUAGCCCUUUGCAAUAGUUGUAAGUAGGUCUGCGGAGUCAAGUUAUUUUCCUGCCUCGUUUCCUUUUGUUAUGUUUUCAAAAUAUAAUUAUACUUAUAGAAAAAUCGGCUGAAUCUCAUUUUAAUUUGCGGUUUGGAAUGUUCUACAAAUUCGCUCAAAAACUCUCUCAAAGUUUGAAUGAAGAUCCCGCAUAGUCGUUCCCUGUGCAAACUUCCGGCGUUUAGAUAUGAUUUUCCAAAGUUGCGGAUGAUAAGUUUUAAGGCUAACUUUUCGAAUUUCGAAAUUAUAAAUCUCAAAAGCUAGAAGCUGAGGCGGGUUGCAACUGAGAUGGAUUUUCAUAUAAACCUUCAAAAAAUUUUUGAGCACAUAUGUGUAAAAUUCCAAAUCACGGAGUAAACUGACCUCCUUAUGGGGUUUAGUUCUGUGUCAAAGGCGAAAUUUAAAAAUUCAUAUCUCAAAUACUAGAAGUUUGCGCAGGUAGCGACUAUGAGGGACCUUCAUCUAGUCGUUCAGAGAUUGUUUGAGCAAGUUUAUAGAAAAAUCCAAACCGCAAAGUAAAAUGAGAAGGAUUUCACUGUCGAAAAAUUUUGAAGUUGCUAUAGUUAGAACCAAAGUUUUGGCUCAGUAUAUGAUCGGAUAAAGUCGAAGGACUUCAGAAGGUGGCAUGUAAGCUGGGGAGGAUUUUCGUGAAUGGAGUGCAAACUGUAGACUGCGACUACGUGAUGACAAGCCGCGACUACAUUGAGCACUACGCCCACAGACACGAACAUCCGGUCAGUCAUUAUGCAAAAGUUUUAAUCAAAAGAAAGUCAUGAGGGUAUAGUCAAAAUGCUGUAAAAAAAAAAGCAGAAACAUCCCUAUUCAGACGAUUUUUUGAAGAUUUUUUUUUCUCACUAAUCCAUUUCAUUUAAAUCUAGAAUUCUUCCCGACCAUUUUCACUUUUCGAUAUUCACGUAUUCUUAAAGUUUUGUAAGUACAGGUGCGCGACAUGCCCAUAAAAGUGAUCAGCGAGUCGGACGACCUGCUGGUGGUGGACAAGCCGCCGUCGUUGCCGGUGCACGCUUGCGGGCAGUACGCCAUUCACACGGUUCUGGGACAGCUCCGGGUCAAUGAAGGUCGGACAGGGCUCAGAGGUUCGCCCAAUCUCUUCUCCUUUGAAACAUCUUCUUUCCAAGAAAAAAUGAUGCACUUUUUCUUAAAGUUAGUUUUCAACCACAACUUCCUUUGAUACCGAAGAUAUUUCCCAUUUUUUUUUGAUUUUGAUUCGACGGACACCACAGUACGGUUUUUUCUACGUACGGUUAAAAAAAAUUAUUUCGAUUUUUUUUUUCAAUUAAAAACAAUUAAUUGACGAUCCAGCUUUUUCCCCCUUUCUUUUUAUUUGCGUUUUCAAAAAUGAAAUAAUAAAUAUUUUUGGGUAAGCUCCAUUUUUUUCACGUCCAUUUCAGUACUUCAUCGUUUGGAUCGAACGACGUCAGGAAUCUUGAUGUUUGCAAAAAACUAUGAAACUGAUCUCGAGGUAAAACGAAACUUAGAUCCGGAUCAAUAAAAAAGGGUUUAGUUCAAAAGCACGUUGAAGCAAGGCGACUGGACGAAGGAGUACGUCUGCAGAGUCGAAGGAGCCUUUCCCGAGUAUGCGUCGCCUGUAACUUCUGGCUCGGCAAAUCCAACUCUGGAGCUGUUUCAGAGAAGAACUUACUUGCGACGAACCCAUCGCUCCGUUGGUCCUCUCGAUGGGAAUCCAGUGCGUUCGUAAAGACGGCAAGUCUGCGCACAGCUCCUUCAAGUACGGACUUUCUUCGAAUUCCGUGCAUUUGGAAUUUUCGCAAAAUAAAUAUACGUUCUUACAUAAAAUUGCUCUUUUCUCCGCUUUUCUGCUCUCAGGGACUUUUUCAGGCGGCUGUGGACUGACGGGAACGAAUCGGUCGUUUUGGUGAAGAUAACCACCGGCCGAACUCAUCAAAUUCGAGUUCAUUCACAGUUUUUAGGUUUUCAAGGUACUUCCUCCUAUAUUCGAAUAAUACUCCAGGUUAUCCGAUAGUCGGGGAUAAGAUCUACAACUCGACGGUUUGGGGCGAAACUAAAGGAAAGAGUGCCGCAUACGGGAAGCCUUUCGAUGAGGUGAAUCGAACUUUUUCCAAUCUCUCAUUUUAUAUCUUCAGUUGUGUCAAGACGUUCAAGCUGCCCACAAAAGCCAAAACUGGCAUGAAAAAGUGGAUCCAGAAUACGAGGCGCGGAUGGAAAAAAUGGCUUCUGAGAAGGUUUUUUGGCUUUUUCUUCCCUAUUUCUUCUUUUAUCUUUUGCAAAAGUGUUUGUUCGGAAGAGGACAAACAAAUUUCAAGAAUUUUUCGAGAUGGAAUAUUUUUUUAGUUCCAUUUCAGCUUAUGAAAGUCUUUUGCGCCUUUGGAAUCUUGAGCAUGGAUUUUUGAACAGACAUUCCUCAAUUAGAGCGAAAUAAAAUUUUAGUCCGCUUUUACCUGAAUCUCAUAACAAUAGUUUGCAGUUGGAACCGGAACCGAAAAAUUUGCCGAAGGAAAACCGUCCCGACUACGACCCCAUCUGCCUCAAUUGCAACGUCAUCUCCAAAUCGGUAUCUUAUAAUCAGCUUUAGAAAUAAGAAAAAACAAAACAAAAAAGAUCUGAAAAUGUUUUCAUUUCGUUGAGAAUCCUUCUCUUCUCACACAGGAAACUUUAGUUAGGAUUGAAUAGAAUCGCAAUUCCGAGGGACUUGUCCAGACACUCCGUGGAAAAUCGAGUUUUCAGGUGCCUCCUGGUCAUUAUCAGCUUUUUUUGCAUUGUCUGCGGUACGAGACCGAAAAGUGGAGCUACAAAACUGAGCUGCCGGAUUGGGCAGUGCAACCAUCGGAAAAAGUACCCCUUGUUUGUUGA